CCGCCUUUGCCUCCGUCUGUACCACCACCUCCUCCCCCUCCUGGUGCUCCUCCGUUUCUGCAUCAUGGUAAUCAUGGACAUGGUCACAACAAGAAGAAACGCAUGCGGAGCUUCUUCUGGAAAACCAUCCCUGAGGAGCAGGUUAGGGGGAAAACCAAUAUCUGGACUAUGGCUGCUAGGCAGCAUCAAUACCAAAUUGAUGCAAAGACAAUCGAGGAACUAUUUGGUCAGCAGGAAGAUUCAAAGUCUGGUGUUUUCCGGAGGACUGGGAGCACCAGGUCUUCUUUCCGAGAGCCAAAGGAUGAGGUUUCUCUUCUGGAUGCAAAAAGAAGCAUGAAUAUUGGA